AUGGAAGUAGAAAUUAGUGCAGAUUUCGAUUUAAACAUAGAUUCCAAUUUACUUUUUAAAGAGUUAAAUUAUUUUACAAAUUACAAAAACACAUUUAAUAAAUAUGAUGUAUUAUAUGAUGAAUAUGACUACGAAUUGAGUGAAUUAAAUAAUUAUGAAGAUUCGAUUAAGAAAACAUGUGAUUGCUUUACAUAUUUUGAAAAUAUUGAAAAUGAUUUAAAAAAAAUUAAUGAAUUAGACAAAAACACAAAAGAAAAAAUUGUAGAAAGUAGUAAAAUAACUAAAGAAAUAGUGGAUAAAAUAAAUAUGCUAAAAAAAGAAAAAUAUAACAUAAGAAAAAAAGAAAAAAUAUAUAAUAUGAUUUUACAGGAGUAUAGUUUAAGCUCAUUAUGCUUAAAUAAUUUAACAGACUUAAAAAUAUCAUUAAAUAUAGAAUUUUUUGAAUAUUUGAGACAAUUUGAAUAUACUAAAAAAAAUAUAAUAAAAUUAUUAAAUGAAGAUUCAUCAGAUAAAUUAAAUAAAUUUUAUUCAAAAUAUUAUAAUAAAAUAUUGAAUUCAGCAUGUAAAAAAAUGUGUUUAUAUAUAAUUAAAGAAAAUAACAUUUUGUAUAAAAGAACUAAUCAAAUUAUUGAUUUAUUAUUAUGUACAAAUUGUGAAGAAAAGGAGAAAAGAAAAAUAAUAAUAAAAAAUUACAUAGAAAAAUUAUCUCCAACAACAAAAUUCUGCUAUAAAGUUAUUAUUGAAAGAAUAGAAUAUUUCAAUAUAUGUUUAAGCAAUUUUCUCCAUUUUAGAAAAAAACUGUUAAAAAAAAAUUAUCAAGAAUUAAUGAUUAAUAAAUAUAAAUCAAUGAAUAAAAAAAAAUCCAUAGAAGUAGAUGCUAAAGAUGAUUCAAUACAAAUUUUUAAAAAUUUCUUUUCUAUUCUUUAUUAUUUGAUAACAUUAGAAGAUAAUUUCUUUAAAAUGCUUUUAUCAUUCAAUUUUUGUUAUGCAAAUAAAAUCGCGUCUUAUAUCUCAAUAAAUUUAGAAAACACUCAUAAUAUUCUAUAUAAUAUCAUUGAUGUAUUACUAGUUCCUUAUAAAAAUUUUUUAGAAACAAAUCUAAAUAUUUAUCCUAAAAGUUAUGAAUCUUGCUAUGAAUUAUUUCAAGUGCUAGACAUAUUUAUUUUUAAACUAAGACAAUUUCAAAAAAACUAUGAGAUAAAUAGAGUUAUCAGAGAAAUAGUAAUCGAGUAUUCUACCAAAGAUAUUGUUUAUAAUAGUGAUAAAAAUAAAGAUAAUAAUACAAAUAAAUUAGAAAUCUUAAAAAGUAGCAGCUCAUUUUUCCAAAGUUAUGAAUUAACUCUAGAAAAAAGGAGUAGCCCUUUUUUAUGUGACAUAUCUAAUAAUAUCAUAGAUGUACAAAAAAAAGAGCUUUUAAAUGAGACUUUCUCAAAUGAAAAUAAUGAAGAUAUAAAAUAUGUAAAUACAAUUAAGAAGGAAAAAGGAAACUUAAAUGAAAAUUUUAUAGAUAAAAAAAACGAAAAUUAUGAAAUAAAAGAAUAUAACAUAAUAGAUAGGGAAAAAAAAGAAAUAGCAUAUAAGCAUAGUAUUCAUAAUAAUGAAAAUGAUCCCAGUUUACAUAAACCUUAUAAAUAUGAUUCAGAAUGUUCUAAUAAGAAUAUAAAUAAUACAACUGUUAAUGAAAGAAAUGUUAAAAUAGAAGUAAGUUAUAAUUGUGAAUUAAAUGAUAAAAUUAGUUCGUUAGAAAAGUAUAAUUGUAAAUUAUUAAAUUACACAUUGAAUAUACAAAAAAACAUAGAAAAUGAAUUCAUUACAUUAUGGCAACAAAAUGUUGUAACAUUUUAUUUAAGUAAGAUAACCAAAAGAGAGGAUUCUGAUUAUUUUAAUGAUACGUUGUUUUAUAUAAAAAAAAUUUUUAAUUCUCUAAAUAAUAUACAUAAAAUAUACAAAAAUAGUUCUUUAUGUGGAAAAAGUAAUGAACAGGAUUUUCAGAACGUCCUUGAUAUCACAAUAAAUCCUCUAAUAAAUAAUGCCUUAAAAAAUAAAAAUAAAAAUAUUGAAAGUGAUCAUAUAUUUAUUAUAAAUAUAUUUACAUUUAUACAAGAAAGUAUUCAAAAUUUUGAAGGCUCAUCUAAAUAUUGUGAAUUACUUACAAUAAUAAUUAAUGAAAAAUGCGAAAAAAUUUUAGAAACUGAAAGUUCCAUUUUGAUGAAUUACUUGAAUAUAGAUAAAAUGUAUAAAAUAGACAAACUAAAUGAAAAUAAUACAGAGGAAAUAGAGAUUUUUGUAGAAAAUUUUUAUAAAUUUGUUUUUACAGAAAAUUACAAUAAUUUUAAUUUAAUAAAUAAAAUAGAAUCUAAUGAUCUUAAAAAUAAUAUUAAGUCAUCAUUAUUUCAUAAUAUUCAUAAAGAAUAUAUGAAAAUAUAUGAAUUAUAUGGUGAUAAGAUGAAAUUUAAUUAUUCUCCAGAACAAAUAAAAGAUGUUCUUUUAAAAAAUUUUAAAUAA